UUAAGAACCCCAAAUUUUGGCUCCACCAUUGCUACCGCCAAGUGCCCACUUGUUGCUCGAUUACACCUCAUCUCAUCCAAUGAUGUUUCUUUCUCCGCACUUUAAUCAUCUGCAGAUCACCGACAACUAAACAAACCUCACCCUGUCAUCCACGAAACCCGCCAGAAGCUGAUAACAACAACGACCUGGGCCCUCCGCUGGAGGCAGGGUCUUGCAGUCGCUAUGUUCUGGAAAAAACCAGACAACGUCGCCGGCACGACUGCACCGGCUAUCUUGAUCGGCCUCUUCGUCACGUUCGGUGGUCUCCUCUAUGGUUACGAUACUGGGAUCAUCAGCGGUAUCAUCGCCACACCCUGGUGGCUCAAUCAAUUCGCCACACAAGUCGACCCCAAGAACCCCUCUAGGAGAGCCUUGACUCCCGCCCAAACCGCCGAGGUCGUGUCUAUACUCAGCGCUGGAACAUUUGUCGGCGCGCUCGGUGCAGCUCCCCUUGCCGAUCAGCUUGGUCGCCGACGUGCUCUGAUGAUUGCCGUGGGCGUCUUCGCAAUUGGAGUCACCCUUCAAGUCGCGUCAAUGGCCCUCCCAUUGUAUGUGGCCGGAAGAUUUGUCGCUGGGGUAGGCGUGGGCAUGAUCUCUGUCAUCGUCCCUCUAUAUCAAUCCGAGAUGGCACCGAAAUGGGUUCGCGGAGUCUUAGUUUGCACAUAUCAACUGGCAAUCACAGUGGGACUUCUUAUUGCUGCAAUAGUCGAAUAUUUCUCCAACAGAAUCGACACCGCUGCGUCGUUCCAAAUCCCCGUGGCUCUACAGUACGUUUGGGCAGCGAUUCUCGUACUGGGCAUGAUCGUCCUGCCAGAAACACCGAGAUACUUCAUCAAACGUGGCCUCCAUGCCGAAGCUGCAGCGUCACUUUCACGCAUUCGACGAUUAGAUAUCACGCACCCGGCUCUAGUUGACGAGAUUGCGGAAAUUGAAGCGAACCAUGCCUACGAGGUUUCCCUUGGCCCAUCUACCUACCGACACGUCUUCUUCGGAACGCCUCACCUCGGCCGGCGCCUUCUUACCGGCUGUGGCCUUUUCAUGCUACAACAAUUGAGCGGCUGUAACUUUAUCUUCUACUUUGGAAACUCGUUCUUCGACCAAGUCAUCGGCUCAGGGUUUUUAUUUCAGGUGAUCGCAAACUCAGUCAAUGUUAUUGGAACACUUCCCGGCAUCGUUUUUGUCGAGUCGCUCGGUAGGCGCCGACUGCUUAUGGUCGGCGCUAUUAGCAUGGCUGUUUGCCAGCUGAUUGUGGCAUCAGUCGGCUCAGUCCACAGCUUGAGUUCGGAUACUUCGAAUAAGUUGUACGCUGCGUUCAUAUGCGUUUACCUAUUCUGCUUCGCCUCUACAUGGGGUCCAGUAUGCUGGGUCGUUACCGCAGAGAUCUUCCCACUGAAAGUCCGCGCCAAAUCAAUGUCAAUUUCCACCUCGUCGAAUUGGCUGUUGAACUUUAUAAUCGCAUACACGACCCCCUACCUUCUAGGAAGCGGCUCAGGUGCUUUGGACUUGGGUCCUCAGAUAUUCUAUGUCUGGGGAAUCUGCUGUAUAUUCGCCUUCUUCUUCGUCUGGAUCAUGGUGUAUGAAACUUCCAAGCUCACACUCGAACAAAUUGAUGAAAUGUACGAGCGAGUCGGCUACGCCUGGCAAUCACAGAGCUUUGAGCCCACAUGGUCCUUUCAGAAUAUCAGACAGGGCCAAGCGAACCCUACUGCAGUGAACGCUACUGCGAUAGACAUUGCCUCGGGGGAAGAACUGAGACAAAGAACUAAUGCCACUGGUGCUAGUAGCAAUGGCACUGGACACAACAUUACUAGAACCAGUGGUGAAGUAAUCGAAUCUUCUCCGUCCACAACGCUAUCAGCAACACACGUAACCGACGAAGACAAAAUUGUCGCGUCCUUGGGCAAUGUCGAUUUCAGCCUCUGAUACGAUGUUCCGACUUGGUGCUUAUUUCUGGGUACUACGCCCUUCUAAUGUCUAUUCACGACGAAUCCGGAGCGUCGCAUGCUGAAUGCAUCCACAAUGGAGUCCCGCGCGCUCUAUGGCAGCUUCUGGCCUCGGUCCUUAAACUUUGCGACAGCUGUUAUGGGUGAGAUUACAAUGCUAUUGACUGGAACUGUUCAGUGGGUGUGUUGUGCAGCAUCCAAAGCGGAGGGAAUGAAGUUCUAUGGAAAUCCCAUAGCGUUCGUCAGCAACCCCACGCCUCAUGGCGAUUGGUAGAGGCCCCAAAUGCAGGGGAGCUCACGAAAGUCAAAGAAUGGCAGAGAGGAAUAGAGGAGAGAGCGGCUGCAAAGCAGAUAUCAGCCUCUAAUUCUUGCAGACGCGGAGAAAUACCCAAUAAAUCCGUCUGUAGCACUCCGAGAAGAUUGGGGAAACGGGACACAAUAAAGGUGCGGCGGCUCGAAGGCAGACCCAGGCCCUGUCCAAGUCCUUCGAACGUCGGAAGAGGGAGCUAUUUUUCUCUUUUGCAAGCGAAAAUAGAAAGCGAUGGCAGCAUUCAACGCCGCCGCCGUCUGCCUAUAAAAACGCGAAGAAGAGAAGGACCUGGAUAUAAUUUCCAAGAAUACCAUCGAGCUAAACACUCUUUCCCCCCUAAUAAUGAAGCAACGAAACGGAUUGUUCGAACGGAUU